CUUCACACUUGUUUACAAUUUUCAUGCUGGGAGGCCCGCGGUGGGUCGGACGGCGGACACCACUGCAGACACACCGAUUGCAUCAUACAAUGUUUGUUCGGAAGGUGUUGAGGACCAUAAACAGGCUGUCGUAUUAUAAUUUUGAGAGCAGAAGAAGACUAGUUUCGGUGCCCUCGCUGCUAGAAGACGAAAUAUUGGGAAGGAAAUGCAGAAUACCUUCGAGAAUAUGGUCGUUCCUUGCUGUCACAUGUCAGGGGAAAGCCAACACUUGCUUCAUCUUGGACGCGUUACCUAAGGUGCCUCACGCUGCUUCUGCGUAUACUCGACACAGUUAUAUUGAUGCAGAUGAGGAAGGGCAUCGUGAUAAGCAUGAUGGGGGAACCAGUGGGCAGAGAUGGCGCGGACUGCCCUUCUCCUUCGCUCUGCUGGUCGCUGCCUGUUGGAGCGGGACCCCUCAGCAGCUCAAUGAGAGGGAGUUCCUAUUGGCCGCCAUGGUGGGAAACAUUGAGAGAAUGAAGGAAUUGAUAAAAAGGGGAGUUGAUGUCAACUGUCAACAUCCCUAUGGUUGGAGAGCAAUUCAUGCUGCUGCCAUCAACAGUCGCUCACAGGCUGUCAAGUUCCUGCUGAGCCAAGGAGCGGACCCCAAUCUGCCAGAUAACUUUUCAAAUAUAUUUCAGGUUGCUCGUGAGAACAGAACAUCCCCAGUGAAUGUGGAGGCUACUCGGGAAGGUGAGUUUAGCGUGCUGCUCAACCACAACCAGAUGUUCCGAGGGUGCACAGCCUUGCAUUAUGCUGUGCUGGCUCACGACCAGGAAAGUGUUGGCCACCUUCUUGAGGCUGGUGCUAACCCCAUGUUGGUGAAUGAGUACCACUUCAAGCCAGAAGAUUAUGCCAAGGACAUAGGCAUGAGGACAAUGAUGCAGAAAUAUUCUGAAAAGUAUCAACAAAAACAGAAACACCAAGAAAUGGAGGAGAGAAGGAAGUUCCCACUGGAACAGAGGAUCAAACAGCGCAUCAUUGGGCAGGAGGGUGCUAUUGCCACUGUGUGUGGAGCAAUUCGGCGCAAGGAGAAUGGCUGGUAUGAUGAAGAGCACCCACUUGUAUUUCUCUUUCUUGGCUCCUCUGGUAUUGGUAAAACAGAGCUGGCCAAACAGGUGGCUGAGUACCUCCACAAAGGGAAGAAGGAUAGCUUCAUCAGGAUGGACAUGUCUGAAUAUCAACAGAAGCAUGAAGUGGCCAAAUUCAUUGGGUCUCCUCCUGGCUACAUUGGACAUGAUGAUGGUGGGCAGCUAACCAAGAAGUUGAAGGCUUUCCCUAAUGCCGUGGUGCUUUUUGAUGAGGUGGAAAAAGCACACCCAGAUGUGCUCACUAUCCUUCUGCAGCUGUUUGAUGAAGGAAGGCUCACUGAUGGCAAAGGGAAAACCAUACAGUGUAAGGAUGCCAUUUUCAUCAUGACAUCAAACUUGGCAAGUGAUGAGAUAGCAGAGUAUGGCAUGCAGCUGAGGGAAGAAGCUGACCAGAUCAGUAAGCAACGCCUUGAGGGUGAGCCAGAUGACCUUGAGAUUACAGAGACCAUCACCAUAUCCCGUAGAUUUAAGGAGAAAAUUGUGAGGCCAAUCCUGAAGAAUCACUUUCAGAGAGAUGAAUUUCUUGGGAGGAUAAAUGAGAUUGUAUACUUUGUUCCCUUUUCAAGACAAGAACUCUUGAAACUCGUGAAAGCUGAGUUAGAUAAGUGGGCUAAGCAGGCAAAGGCAAAGCACAACAUUGAGCUCAAAUGGGAUCCCAUGGUGCUUGAUGUCCUGGCAGAUGGCUACAAUGUGUAUUAUGGGGCUCGCUCCAUCAAGCAUGAGGUUGAGCGGCGUCUGGUGAACCAGCUGGCCAUGGCAUACGAAUGUGGCCAUAUCACCCAUGGUUGCACAGUUCUAGUGUAUACAGUCCUGCCCACAUCAGAGGAGGAGAAAGCCAAGCUGCAAGAUUCCCCAGCACCAAUCAAGAUUCGUGUUAAAAAGGAAGGAAUGGAUAAGUUUACUGAUUUUGACCCAAGUGAACAGUUGAAAUCGCACGAAGAUUAAUUAUAUGAAUUAUAUGAAUUCUUUUUUAUGUAGUUGCAGAUUUGUGAAUUUCAUGUGCAGAAGGUACUGUACAUCUAGCCAGACAAAAUAUUAUGGUUAUAUGAUAUUCAGAACUAGAUGGUGGUUGAAAAGGCAUAAGAUAAAACUUUAAAAAAUAUGUAUAAAUAAGUAAAAGAAAUAUAUGCUAAAUUAAAUAAUUCUUGUAGGAAAGUAAGGUAUCAGAAACAGGAAGCAGUUAUUUCAUGCCAAAUGCUAACACUAGUCUGAUACUUAUAUUCCAGUCUAGAAAAGAGGUUGUAGCUGUAAGUGGAUAACCCAAGCCUGCAUGAGCCCUGUUAAGCCCUAAUCAGAAAGACCAGGGAGCACAGAGGCAGUCAGGAGAGUGGGUGAAGGUUAGUAUGCUGCCUCUUUUUCUACCUCAGUUGUGUCUUGGUUCUUCAUUGCCUCAUGGUUAUGGAUAUCUAUCAUAGCACAGUAAAGCAUGAUGUGUAUCCUGUUAAGGAUCGUUAAGGAUUGGUAACAAAAAUAAUUUAACUGUAUAUAUGGCUGUGUACGUAUUUUUUGAAUAUUUAUUAAAAGAGAAAAAAAUA